CGUGUGUGUUUUAUUCACUGUUCUGACGGAAGAAAGCUCUCAGAUCUCUCAGAGAAGUACACUGGCACGCUGCUAUAUAGAGUUUUGACCUCUAGAAUUCUUUGUGAGACAUUUGUGUGUGAUGAUGGCGGCUGUAACACAGUGUGUGUUGAAGCGUUGUCUCAUGAACAGCGGGACCCGGAUCAUCCCGCGAGCUCAUCAACAGACGCACGUGCGGACCAACAGCAGUGCCUCAGACAUUCCUGGUGUAAAAGAGCGCACUUUGGUUGCCAUCAAGCCGGAUGGGGUUCAGAGGCGUCUGAUUGGUCAGAUCAUAAAACGCUUCGAGCAGCGAGGGUUCCGACUGGUGGGUCUGAAGAUGGUGCAGGUAUCUGAAGAGUUGCUAGCUCAGCAUUAUGUAGCUCUACGUAAGAAACCGUUCUACCCCAGCGUACUGCAAUAUAUGACCUCAGGGCCUGUGGUGGCGAUGGUGUGGGAGGGCCACAAUGUAAUAAAGUCCACACGUAUGCUAGUGGGACACACAAACCCCGCUGAAGCUGAACCGGGAACUCUGAGAGGAGAUUUCAGCAUUCAUGUCAGCAGGAAUGUUGUGCAUGCCUCAGACUCAGCUGAAGUGGCCCAAAAAGAGAUCUCGCUUUGGUUUCAGCGCUCCGAGUUGAUUGACUGGGUGUGUUGUGACCAUGGCAACAUCUACCAUCCAUGACUGUGUGUGUGUGUUAGUUAUAUCUCUUAAAAAUUGUUAAGAAAAUAAUUUUUUUAAUUAUAUUACCACUACUGCUGAAUUGUAUAUUUUAAUCAUAUUCAAAGUUUAUAUAUAUAUAUAUAUAUAUAUAUUUUCUGAAUAGUUUAUCAAAUUUUAAAUGAGCUCAAUUUGAAUUAAAUUUCUAUUAUAAAGUAACAGAAUUAUAACAAAUGUUUAAAAAGUUUAAAGCCACAAUUGGUGUUUCUGAAAGUAUCUGUGAAUUGUGCCCAGCAACAACGAUGUACAAGUUCCUAAGAAACAAGUGUACAUAACAGUAAUACCAGCCAUAAAUGAUGAUACCUCAUAAUAAUUAUUUAAUAUUCUGUAGUAUUUCUGCACAUUUGCUACAAUUGUCCAUUACAUAAAAACUGCCAUCUGAAAUAAAACAAACAAAAUUGUAAAGUUUGUCAGACAACAGUCGUCA